CGACACGACGUUGUCGGAGCGUGUGCGGGUUUUGAAUCAACGACACAUCUCGUUCAUUAAAAAUCGUACUAUUUAUUUUUACUUACAUAAAUUUUAACUGUAAACCGCUGUCAAUCCCAGCGUUUAAAGGACGACAUAAAGUACGAUUCGAGGACCCCCUAAAACAGGACGGCAGUUGAGCGCGCCGGUCUGCGCCGUAACGUUAUAUGUGGGAGAUUUUUUAAGGCGAGCAGUGAGAAAUUAAUGCGGAAUAGUUUUUAUCAGCGUUUUCCUCCUUUUUACUUCACAGUAUCACCAUGUCGGUGGCUUUCGCACCUCACAGACAACGCGCCAAGGGCGACAUUACACCCGCGGGGAUUCAAAAGCUUCUCGAUGAAAACAAUCAGUUGAUUCAGUGUAUCAUGGACUUCCAAAGCAAAGGAAAAACGGCAGAAUGUUCACAUUACCAGCAAAUGCUUCACAGAAAUUUGGUCUACUUGGCCACAAUAGCAGACUCCAAUCAGAACAUGCAGUCUCUUCUACCAGCUCCACCCACCCAGAACAUGCCCAUGUCAGGGGGAAUGAAUCAGAGCGGCCCCCCUCCGCAGCCUCCCCAUGGCCACAGCAUGCCGUCAGACGGCCCCCCUGCUCCACACAUGCAGAACCAGAUGAACGGCCAGAUGCCUGGUCCCAACCACAUGCCCAUGCAGGGCCCUGGUCCAAACCAGCCUCCCACCAUGCCCAGUGGCUCCAUGAACAUACCUCCCAGUAGCCACGGCUCAAUGGGGGCCUACAAUCACGCCGUGCCCUCUUCGCAGGGCAUGCCCAGCCAGGGCCAGAUGAACAUGAGCCAGGGCCAGCCGAUGGGCAGCUAUGGACCCAGACCCAGCAUGAACAUGCAGCCCAACCAAGGUCCAAUGAUGCACCAGCAGCCUCCCUCUCAGCAGUACAACAUGCCCCCUGGUGGUGGCGGGCAGCAUUACCAGGGUCAGCAGAACCCAAUGGGUAUGAUGGGCCAGGGUAACCAUGUGAUGGGACAGAGGCCCAUGCCUCCAUACAGGCCACCUCAGCAAGGGCCUCCACAGCAGUACCCAGGCCAGGAGGACUACUAUGGAGAACAAUACAGCCAUGGAGGCCAGGGGGCACCAGAGGGAAACUCUCAGUAUGCUCAGCAGCAAGAAGCCUACCAGCAAGGUCCUCCCCAGCCACAGGGCUACCCAACCCAGCAGCAGUAUCCAGCGCAGCAGGGCUACCCGGGCCAACAGCAGGGUUAUGGGCCCUCUCAGGGUGGUCCUGGACAGUACCCCAAUUACCCGCCGGGCCAAGGGCAGCAGUAUGCAGCCUACAGGCAGCCUCAGCCUGGACCUCCACAAGGCCAACCGCAGCGCCCAUACGGCUAUGACCAGGUAAGGCAAAUGGGGAAAGAAAUUAGUUAGGGCCUUUUAAUAUAUUUGCAUAGAUCAGCUUUCCUAUGGAACAUGAUCCUGAUUUUCAGUGGUAAGUAAACUGUUUGCAUUCUUCAGCACUGGUCUGUUCAACCCAGUCCUUAACUAAGCCAGUCCACUUUUUCAUUAUGUUCCAGUUCUGAAUUGGCACAUUUUUCAGGCUCAGCACAUGGCUUGUUUGUAAAAAUACUAAUAUUGUCUUAUUACUGGAAACAAGCUUAUUGCAGCAGCCUUGCUCAGUAGCUGUUCCAGCUCCCAGUAAAACAUAGCCAGGUAAUCAGGGGCUGUGGAACAGACUGUCUGACCCAGGUGAGUUCAGUACUGGAGCAGAAUAAAUGAGCAGACUAGCAAAUUACCUCCAAUACGGACUGGGCUGAAGCCUUACUUGCUUAGAGGGAUCGAGUUUUGUUCUGUUUUAGAAGCUGAUGGAAGCACAGAGUACUUUUCCUGCUGAAAGGGUGCAUGGUAAUCACACUGAGCUUUGGGUUUAAUUAAAGGGUUAAAAUCACUGUACAGAAAGCUCUUGAUCGUCACAAAACCUGGUUCUGUUAUUGCUGAGCCACACGCACACAGAACUCGGUGCUUCCUGUAUUUCUCAGUGGCCCUCAGUGAGAGGCCACAGUGUUCCUUUCAUAUCUCUAUCUUUGAACAUUCAGGGGCACAUGAGGAAAUAGCGGACCCAGUAUUUCAACCCCUGACUAGAUCUGUAAGAAGCAAAGGUAAUGGUUGCCAUGAAGAAUGCCAUUGUCAAAUCUAGACGUUUUGACUCCUGGCCUUUUUUUUCCCCCUCCCCUCCCUUCCCUCCUGUUCUGUUUUCUUCAUUUUCUGAUCUUUUAUUUUACAUUCUUUUGUAAUCAGGGGUCGAAAUAAUUCUCAGGUCCAUUUUUUGAGGAAGAUGACGUACUGGGCAAAACUGACUGGUUAUAAAUGAUUGCUUUUGUGGCUUGUGAUUAAUUAUGACUAACGUAAAAGUUGCAAAACAUCCAAACCCUGAACACUGUGGUGUCCGUCUACUCAUUAAUUUUUCUAAUUGAUUGUUCAAAGCGUUAGAAGAUUGUCAAGCCAUUUUUCGACCCCUGUUUAGAAAUCUCCAUGUAAAAUACUAAAAAUGCUGAAAAUGGCAGAUGGAAAACAACCCAAAAAAAAUUUUCCCACUUCAUAAUUUGACAUGUGCUCGCUCUCUGUCUUUCUUGAUCGAUCUCUCUCUCUCUCUCUCUCUCUCUCUCUCUCUCUCUCUCUCUCUCUCUCUCUCUCUCUCUCUCUCUCUCAACAUUCACAUGUCUCAUUCAUGGCAUUGCUGCCACCUACUGGUUAAAUAUAGUCAACAAACUGUUAAAGAAACCUGUGAAUGCUUCCAACACCUGAUGUAACUAACGUUGUCACAGCUGACGAAAGGUCAGAAUUCACCUAUAUGACACUACCUUGUCUAACGACUAUUUAUUUACACUGUAUCUAAUCUUAACUUUGAAUUGUGAUGAUUGAAUUUCAGAUUUUCAGAGGUAGGAUUUACUAAGCAUGUUCUCAGUCGGUCUCAGUUAAAACUACAAAGUAAUACUUUUAAAGUAGCUCUUGCUUUUUCUAAUUUUCUUUGUCAGUAAUGCUAAGUUUUUAUUAUGAUCCUGCUCAUACCAAUGUCAAGAUAUGUUGAAGCUUUUUGUUCUUAUGGACCCCAAAAAAAGAGGAUGCUAUCAAAAAGAUCUCAGGGGAAAAGCGUCAGCCUCUGUUAACGUCAUGCUCUUCUGUUUUGAACAAAAACUGCUGUUUUCACAUACGUUGACAUUUGUAUAGGUGCCGCUCAUAAUAAAUGCACUUUAAAAAUGCUGAAGCGCUACGUGAAUAGCCAGCGUGAAGCCUCUGUCAGCAUCGAGGAAGGUAUUUGAGGAUAAAGAAAAGAGAAGCUCACACUCUCCUGCGUUCUUGUUGCUUGUUCACAGGGUCAGUACGGCAACUACCAGCAGUAAAGUCAGCCGCUAUUCUUCCUGUUCGAGCGUCUCUGUGGCGCUGUCUUUCUGGACCUGCGGAAGGGCUACCGCUCUCUGAGACUUUCAACCCUG